GUUCUCGUCCCACUCGGACUUUCGCGACUUUUCCUCUCCGUUUCAGCUUCUGCCUGUGGCGAGCGUAUUACCUGCAGUGCCACUUUUCUCCUUGACGUUUUCCUGAAAAGUAAUUGUCAAGUUGCCAUCCGCCGUGACAGAUGCAUAGACAAUUGGGUGGCUUAUGGUGGCUAGUCUGAUCUGUUCCGAUUGUAUCUGCGGAAUAUCCGUCUUGCAAUCGCUUUGAUUCCUCUACUACACAAGCUCUUUUGACAGCCGCUGUCAAAUUUGUUUUCGCCUUUUCCUAGCCGAUUUUCUGUAUAUCUUUCCGCUUCCGCCCACGUUUCUUACAUGUGCAAUUAAACUUCAAGCCAUUUUCUUUCAUCAUGUUUGGACUGAAAGACUCUAUCAGAGACCUUGAUAGGAAAAUAUCUGCCUCGACCUUUGGUAGAGUAUUUCGUCUCGAUGGAUCUGGUCAUGUAAGUCAUGUGAAACGCUGGGUGAGCUUGUUGAUUCUGAUAAUGCACAGCACAAAGUUCGUCCUGGCUCUAGCUUCUUUACGGAAGUACAUGCUGGACUGACCACUUUCUUUACUAUGGCAUAUAUCAUAGCUGUGAAUGUAAGUUAUGUAUAUUGCUGUGGAUUAUGUUUGCUAAUUUUGAAAGUCUUCAAUCUUGGGUCAGAGCGGUGGGACUUGUGUAUGCAAAGAUACUGUAGAUCCUCUUUGCUUCAAAAAUGUAGAGUAUAAUGAUUGUCUUAUUGGUAAGUAAUGUUUAUCAUACCUAUAUGAUUUCACUGACAAAGUAAAGAUAUCAAAAGAGACUUGGUAACUGCUACAGCAGCAAUUGCAGGUAUUGGAUCUAUUGCAUUUGGAUUCCUGACGAAUCUUCCCGUCGCUUUAGCGUAUGUUUCUUUCAACUUCUCCAGUGCUCACUAAUCUGAUGAUACAGACCCGGAAUGGGACUUAAUGCCUAUUUUACCUUUCAGGUAGUUGGAGUUCGAGGCGGAGGAUCUGUGUCAUAUCGUCUCGCCUUGACGGCUGUAUUUAUCGAAGGUUUUAUAUUCGUCUUUCUAUCUCUGAUAGGUAUACGACAAUGGCUCGUUCGACUUAUUCCAGGUUCUAUAAAGGUUGCAAGUGGUGUUGGUAUUGGUUUGUUCCUGACAGAGAUUGGAUUGUCAUCAUCUGGAAUUGGUAUGAUUUCUGGCUCGAGGAACUCGCCCACGGAUCUGGCAGGUUGUCCAGCUCAAUACAUUGAUCCAACCACCGGGGCAUGCACAAGCCAUAAAAUGACAAGUCCUACAGUUCGUAUGCCAGUCUUCUUUAGGUAUAUAUACUGAUUAUUGACCUAGAUGUGGAUUGGUAUCAUGUGCGGUGGAGUGUUGACUGCCUGGCUCAUGUCAUAUCGUGUGAAAUCUGCCAUCAUCAUUGGCAUAUCUGUCGUUUCUAUCAUGUCCUGGCCGUAUGUUGUUCCAACCUUAUAUUUAAUACCCUACUAACCAAACACAGUCGCAACACCUCCUUCACCUACUUUCCUCACACAAAUGAGGGUAACCAAAUGCACGAGUUCUUCAAAAGAGUCGUCUCAUUCCACCCAAUUCAAAAUACUCUCGCCGCACAAGACUGGGAUAUCACUGGUGCGGGAGGGCACUUCGCUCUCGCUCUAUUCACAUUCCUCUAUGUCGAUAUCAUUGACUCCACUGCGACGCUCUUUUCUAUGGCUCGCUUCGCCGGAGCAACUGAUCCCAAAACCGGAGACUUCCCUCGCUCAACACUAGCCUAUUGCUGCGACGCAAUAAUGAUCUCCAUCGGUUCACUUUUCGGCUGCUCUCCCGCAACAGCAUUCAUCGAAUCCGGAGCGGGAAUCACCGACGGCGGUCGCACCGGUCUCACAGCCAUGACAACCGGCAUCUGCUUCCUGAUCUCCAUCUUCUUCGCGCCUAUCUUUGCUUCCAUACCCCCUUGGGCGACGGGUUGUACACUCAUCCUCGUAGGCUGUAUGAUGAUGCGUCAAGUCACCGCCGUGAACUGGGGAUUCAUCGGCGAUGCCCUACCUGCUUUCAUCACCAUCGCGUGUAUGCCACUCACCUACUCCGUAGCAUACGGCCUCAUUGCAGGGAUCUUCUCGUAUGCUACUCUCAACGGGCUGAUCUACAUCACGAAUAAGCUCUCCGGGGGUAGGAUCCAACCCCCUGAUGCGGAUGCCGCCGAGUACUGGACCUAUAAACCUUCUGAUAGUCAUCCGCCGUGGUUUGUCCGUCUGGCGAAGGGACAGCUGUGGAGAGGGGGCUGGAGGCCUGGUGAUGAUCUGGAUUGUAAGAGUGUGGGCAGUGUGGCGGUUAGUGAGAAGGAGUUGGUGGAUGGGGUUAAUGGGGGGGUUAGUAGGGGAGUGUCGGGUGUGAGUGGGAUUUCUACGGGCGAGGGGAUUGAGGUUGGGGAG